UGUAAAAAUAAAUAAAUAAACUAUCAUAAAAAAACAAUAACUAAAAAGCAUUAAGCUUUUAGUUUUUAUAAAUAAAAAAUAAAAAACAAAAAAAUACCAAACUAGCCUUAUUAAUUUGUUAAAUCUGAAUACAAAAUAGAAACCAUUCAACGACAAAAAGAAGACACCUAACGAUCGGGUCUGAGUGCAAAACACACUAAACAAUCCCAACAAUUUCCAUUUGCUUCAUUCUUUUAAAUUCUAAAUUGCUUACAAAUAACUUGCAAGAACAUGUCUCUCCGAUCUUAACGGUCACUUCUCCACUCAAAAAGAAAAAUGACUGAGUCCCCCUCAAAACUCGGCAACAAUGUUACCACAGCAACUAUGAGUAGUGGUAAUAGUAUCUCGAAUAUCCCAAUUGAGAUCGUGAGCGAAGAAGAAAUGGGUUUUAUUGAAGCAGCUUUAGCAGCAACUCGUCCCUGUUUCUCUUCCUCUUCAAUACCUGCAAUUUGCUCUCCUUCUCGUUCUUCUUUGUUUCAAAAUAGUGUCAGGUCAAUUCAAACAAUUACUUCUUUUUCCAAGAAGAGGCUUAUUGGAUCUGAUAUUGAAGAUUUGGGUGAUUUCAAGAGUACCCAGUUGAAGAAGAAUAGAGUAGCUGAUCAGUCCUUUCUUUAUAAGUUUAGAAAGAGAACUGGCUUAUCUGUUACCGAUAUCACUUCUACGGAAUGGUGCGAGAAACAAAUGGAGUUUGUUCUUCUCUUCGGAAAAAGAAAAAUGAGCAAAGCUAUGAAAGCAGGCCGUGAUCGCCAUGUAAAGCUGGAAAAAGAGGUUGUGAAAAAAGUUAAAGUUAGUAUUGAAUCAGUUGAAGAUGCAUGGGCUUUGAAGUUUUUAAAUUUCAUCACUGGUGCAAAUCAAUUAUUGUUUGAAGGGCUAACACGUGAGCUUCCACUUGUGGGCUUUUUAGAAGGAGUAUGGGUGGUGGGGAUAGUUGAUGAGAUCCGAAUGCUUGAGGGGAAAAAUGGAAACCCAAUACUAGUGGACACAAAAACUCGUGCUCGAGACACCCUUCCUGCCGAACCACAAAGGAGAAAUGGAAGGCUACAAUUGAUGUGUUAUAAGCAUUUGUGGGAUAAUUUAGUUGCUGAUAAAUUUCCCUCUAAAGAGUUUUUUGAUUUCUUUUCCUUGAACCCACAUUAUAUCUUGUCUAAAGAAAUCAGAGAGAAUACAGCUAAAGCAGGUAUCUCAGCAAAGACCCUUGAUGAGAUAGUUGGAUACUACAGAAAUACAUGCAAAAUGCUCCUCCCUGCAGACAAUGAGAUGAUACUAAGAUAUGAAUUACAAAAAGACAACUCUGUGCUUGGCGAAGAUCAAUUUGCAUAUGAUCCUGAUUGGCUCGAGAGUCAAAUUCAUGAUUGUCUUGAAUUCUGGUUUGGUGAACGAGAAGCCAGUUUCACUCCAGAGGAAGAGCGAUGGAAAUGCCGGUUUUGUCAGUUUGCUUCAAUGUGCCCUACAAACACCAUUUCUGGCACAUCAAACCCUGUAAAGAGCAGCAGCGCUAAUAGUAGUCCAAGCUAGAAGAAAAUCUUAAACUUCAUUCUUUCAGGUUGUUCGACUCAGCCUCCCUCAAUAAUAAUUGUUUGUUACACCUAGAUAUGCAAGUCCUUGCAAAGAAGCUUCAUAUUUUUACACAAGCUUCUUUGUAGCAUGUGGCAGCCGGUUAGAGUAUAUUUAUUCCAAGAUUUUCCAGGAUUAUGUCCUAUUCAUGUAAGAAUAUUUGUUGUAAUAGUUCAUGAUUCAUUGUUGUAAAAUUGAGUUGCUCAUUAAUUAACAAACUGUAAAUUGAAUUGCUAAUUAAUAACACUAUUUGUUUAACAUUGUCUUU